GUUCGCAUUUUUUUUUGCUGACUUUCGCAAUUUUUCUUUUGCCCGCCCGGCAGCUAAUUUCAAAAGAUUUAAAUACCAAUAUACGUAAUUUAUUAUCAUGCAAGGCGAUAACCACGAAGCUUUGAAGCCAGUGUGCUGGCUUGCCGGCCGAUGGACCACGAAAGAAGGAAGAGGAGUCUUCCCAAAUAUUAAAGAUUUUCAAUAUCAUGAAGAGCUGGAAUUUUCAUGCAUUGGUCAACCAAUGUUCAACUUUAUGUCAAAGUCAACCAAUCCCGAGACCCAAGCCCCGAUGCACCAGGAGCGUGGAUUCCUACGAAUCAAGCCCGGCACCAACGAGCUUGCGUUUAUGGUAAGCCACAACUUUGGUCUCACAUCACUUGAAGAAGGCCAAUGUGAUCCUGAGAAGAAGGAGAUUGUACUAGAAACUGUCAACGUUACUAGGAUGUCGUUCGCCAAGCCACCACAUGUGAAGAAGUUCAAGCGUAUCAUCAAGUUGGUCAGCGAAGAUACGUUGGAGAUAACGCUGUACAUGGAAACCGAUACGACGCCUCUGACCGAGCAUUUGAAAGCUGUUUAUAAGAAGAUGGAUGCGUAAUUAAGUACAUAUUAAUCAUCUUAUGAGAUCAUACCUGUUGUUUGUCUUGUGACUUGUUUACGAAAACAUUUUUUUGCCAGGAUAGACAGUUUGUAUGAUCGUAUUAUAUAAGUGUAUUUACGCCUCUGUGGGGUAUUGAACUUUGUUUAUCCAGUAGUGUUAUUAUUUUAAGCUUGUAUUCUAGAUUUUCAAAUAAACAUUCAGACGUUUUGGAAUCUCAGACUUGAGAUUCCUAAGAAGGCUGUUACGGUUUUGGCUGUAGUGAGAGCAUUGAUCUCGAAAUUGAAUCUGUUUUAUGCC